UGAAAAACAAGCAUAUAAAACACUUCUGUACUCGGGUAACUUCACUUUUGAAAAUUCACAACCAUCUUUUGCACUGAGGAAUUUAUCAUCACUGGCGAAAAAGGAAGACAGCAGAACAAUAACAAUGGAUUUAGAUUACAACAGUGUCGAUGACUAUAAUGACACUUACAAACACUCCGACAAUCAAGAUCAAAAUUUAAUUUUUUUUAAUUACCAUGAAUCAUCAAACCACCCCCAAUCGCACAUUGAAGACCCAUUUAAAAUAUUCAUCAUUGUAUUACUGGCCGUAAUAUUUCUUCUGGGUCUGUGUGGGAAUGGGCUGGUCAUCUGGAUGACGGUCUUCAAGAUGAAGAGGACAGUCAACACCACCUGGUUCCUCAGCCUGGCCAUCGCUGACUUCAUAUUCUGUGUCUUUAUUCCCUUCAGUAUCGUACAUUUGGCCUUGGAUCACCACUGGCCCUUUGGACUAGUUAUGUGCAAACUGACGUCCUUCAUAAUGUUCCUCAACAUGUUCGUCAGUAUCUUCCUCCUGACCCUCAUCAGCAUUGACCGCUGUGUGUCAGUCAUCUUCCCUGUCUGGUCUCAGAAUUACCGCACUCCAAGAAUGGCUUCUGUAGUGGCCCUGGCUGCAUGGGUGACUUCUGCCCUGUUAAGCACACCCUCCCUUGCGUUCCGUGACAUCCAUUCCACAGAUGAGAAAACCACUUGCUACAAUAACUAUAUAUUGGCUAGUGACCAAUCACACCUGUCUGCAGCUGAGAGACACAAAGCUGUUUCUUUAACAAGAUUUAUCUGCGGCUUUGUCAUUCCCUUCACAGUUAUAGUAAUUUGUUACUCCAUCAUUGUCAAAAAAGUGAGAAACAACCGCAUGGCAAAAUCCUCCAAGCCAUUCAGAAUCAUGGCGGGCAUCAUCGUUGCGUUCUUCAUCUGCUGGUUGCCCUAUCACGUGCUCAUAAUAAUGGAGAUCAGCCACCACCAGCACAAUAAACAGGUGCUCCACUAUGGGAUGCAAAUAGCCUACAUGCUGGCUUCUGCCAAUAGCUUCUUAAACCCUAUCCUCUAUAUAUUCAUGGGCAAAGACUUUCAGCAGAAGUUCAGGCUCUCUGUUCUUUCCAGGAUGGAGAAUGCACUUGGUGAAGGUGUACAAACUACAAGCAAGCAGUUGUCAAGGACCAAUUCAACAUCUGACAAAGUCUCAACCCACAUAUAACCUGGUGAACUGUUUAUCAGAGCUAUCUUUACUAACGCAUUGCUCUUCUAGUUUAGAUUCGCUUUGUGUCAUUCUGGUGAGGUUCUGUGACCUCAAUAGAAUUCUCUGCUCUCAAAUCACCUGCUAUCAAAAGCUCUGUGCUCUGUAUUGUUACACGGCAUGCACGUGUUUUAUUGUGUUUGGUUGCACUUUGCCCAUUUUUAAGCAUGCAAUAAAAAUCACCUGGAGUUUAAUAGAAUGAAUACCUCUGGGGAAAUCAAUUUGUAAUUGCACAUGAAUUGAAAAAACUGUGUUAUUUCAGUGAUAUUUAUCCACUUAAUGCACUUACAAGACACCUUGGAAUAACAUGCACUUGCCCUGAUGUCUUUAAUUGUUGUCCACCUCUUGACAUAACAUCACUGAAUCACUAACUUUUCUGAAUAGUAACUUUUUUGAAAUAUUAACUUUUUUGGUUUGUAUAUAUUUCUGUAACAUGUAAAUGCAUUUUGUUACAAUGGUCCAUAGAUUAUUACAUUUGACAGCA